AUGAGCAAACCCUGGAUCUUCGUUUCACCUUCAACACGAGGAAUUGGCUAUGCUCUUACUCGCCAUCUCCUUCAAAAGACGUCUCUUCCAAUUCUCGCAACAGCCCGUCUUCGCCAUGACCCAGACGAUGUGAAAACGUCCCUUCUUGAGGGCCUUCCUGAGAAAGACGGCCUUGUCAAACGCCUUUCGAUAGUUCACGCAGAUGUUACAGACGACAAAUCAUUAAGCGACGCUGCAUCGAGAGCUGCAGAAUUGUUCCCUUCUGAUAAACACCACCUUCGUCUUGCGUGCGCCAUCCCUGGUAUUCUUAAACCAGAAAAAAACCCUAGUCAAAUUGACGCCGAUGCCAGUCUGGAGCAGUUCCGUGUCAACACCGUCGGUCCUCUUCUUCUCAUCAAGCACUUUGACCAAUUCCUCCCCAGACGGUCCACCAAGCUGGAGCAAAGUCCGGAGGGUGACGAGGUCAAGAUGCCACCGCACUCUGUAUGGCUCAGCAUGGCUGCUCGCGUAGGCUCUAUAUCGGAUAACAGAGCUGGGGGUUGGUUCUCGUACAGAGCAAGCAAAGCGGGCGUCAUCAGUUUGGGCAAGAGUUACGACAUCUUUUUAAGGGGACGAAGUGGUGACAAGGCAAUUUCUAUCACCUACCACCCAGGAACAGUCAAGACGGAUCUGAGCAAAGACUUCUGGAGUAGCACCAAGGAAGACAAGCUAUUUAGCCCGGAGUUUGCAGUUGAUAGGCUCGUUAGUGUCGCAACAGGUAUGACGCUGGAUGGACGAGGAAAAUGCUGGGAUUGGGACCACAAGGAGAUUAUCCCAUAG